AUGGUCAAAAGAAUUCUUCAAAAAAUUGAAGGUAUAAGUAGAGAAGUGGACAAUGACGGUUGGACUCCGCUUCACUUGGCUGCAUACUUCAACUAUGUAGGCUUUAUAGUAGAGCAGUUGUUGGAUAAAGAUAGAGAAGUAGCGUACAUGAAAGACACAAAAGGUAGGACACCUCUUCAUAUUGCAGCUCAACGUGGUAAUUAUUGGGCAAUGAAGGAGAUUGUAGAAAGGUGUCCAGAUUGUUGCGAACUAGUUGAUAACAGAGGUUGGAAUGUACUCCAUUUUCUUAUCAAAAGAGGGAAUUAUUAUAUGUUAGAUAUUAUCAUGGAUAUUAUAAUAGAAAAUUGGUCUUUCAGCAACCUUUUGAAUGAGAAGAAUGCUGAUGGGGAUACACCUCUUCAUUUCUAUGCCACUACUUCUUCGGAAUCAUUAUUAGCGUUAAAGAAGUUCGUUAGUCACCCUCGACUCGACGAGAUGGCCUUCAACAAACAACACCUCAACACGUGGGUUAUCUCUGCAACCGAAAAACGUUCAUUGAAAGAGCUGUGGAAUUUUGAGGAAGCACUUGGAUAUUCCUUUCUACCUCGACGAGUGAUAACUGAUGAAGAUAAUAAUACCACAAAACUAGAGGACAAGAACAUGGAGAAGGAGAAGAAGAAGAAGAAGAAGGAAAAGAGAAGAUCAAUGUUGCAGAAAACAACCGAAGUUCAUUUAGUAGUGGCUGCACUCAUUGCAACAGUGACAUUUGCAGCAUGUAUUACCAUGCCUGGGGGAUUCGUUGGUGGUGGAGAAGGAGAAGGUUCACACCCAGGCUCUGUACUUCUAAGAAGAAAAGCUGCUUUCAAAGCAUUUGUUAUUACUGAUACCAUAUCCAUGGUGUUAUCGAGUUCGGCUGUCUUCAUUCACCUAUUGAUGCCAUUACUUUUUAACAAAGAUAUUGAUGAUGAUAAAGGCGAUCCCAUGAGACUUGCCUUUCUGGCCUUCAAGUUCAUUUUGUGGGCCAUGAUAGCAAUGGGGCUAGCAUUUGUCACGGGCACAUAUGCUGUGUUAAUGCCUUCCUUGGAUAUUGCCAUUGCCAACUGUAUCAUUGGCUUAACCUUCUUCGCUAUCCUCCUCGGUGUGAUUGAAAAAUUUAAUGACUUAAGCUACUCUGAUUUUUUCGAGACUCUUUGUCCUUCUAAACUUGAUAUUUAA